CUUCGACAAUGCGUCGCCUGACAUCGCUCCCUCCGUCCUCGACAAGACAAGAAACGCGCAGUGUCCAGCAGAAGCGACUGACCAUCCAAGAUGCCGGCCGAGUCGAUCUACCCGCCCGUGGAAAUUCCGAACGUCGGUAUCUUCGAGUUCUUGUUCAACAGACCUCAAGCAAGCGUGCAGCCAGAUCAGGAAAUCUUCGUCGACGCUCAGACUGGCAGGAGCUACACGUACUCCCAACUCAAGCAGACCGCCAUCGAGUUUGGCCAAGGACUGAAGGGCCUGUGGGACUGGCAGAAGGGUGAUGUACUUGGGCUGUUCACCCCGAACUCCAUCGACUAUCCCCCCAUCGUCUGGGGCACCCACUUCGCCGGCGGCAUUGUAUCGCCCGCUAAUCCCGCGUACACUGUCGAUGAACUCGUGCACCAACUCAAGGACAGCGGAGCCAAAGCUCUACUGACCCAGCUCGCGGUGCUUGAUGUAGCAAAGCAAGCCGCCAAGAAGGCUGGCAUCCCAGAAGACCGUAUCGCCCUUCUGGGAGACGACCGCGACCCGGAGCACCGCUUCAAACACUUCACCUCCAUCAAGGACAAUAAUCUGGAAGCCGCGCGAUCACCCCGACCCGUCAAAAUCAAUGGCGACAAAGAUCUGGCCUUCCUCGUCUACAGUAGUGGCACCACCGGCCUGCCCAAAGGCGUCAUGCUCUCCCACAAGAACAUCGUUGCCAACGUCCUUCAAAUCACCGCCGGCGAGCCGGAACUGGAAAGCAGCGACACCAUCCUGUCCUUCCUUCCAUUCUUCCACAUCUACGGCCUGACGUGCAUCCUGCAUCAAGCCGUCUGGCGCGGGUUCAAGUGCGUGGUUAUGUCGAAGUUUACAAUCGAGGAUUGGUGCAGACACGUCCAGGAGCACCGCAUCACCUUCUCUUACGUUGUACCGCCCGUGGUGUUGCUUCUCUCCAAACACCCCUGUGUAUCCGAUUUCGACCUCAGCAGUUUGCGAAUGAUGAACUCCGGCGCCGCACCACUGACUCAAGAAAUCGUCCACGCGCUGCAUGAACGGACUGGUCUCAAAGUCAAGCAAGGCUACGGCCUUUCCGAGACGUCCCCGACAACACACAUGCAGCGAUGGAAAGACUGGAAGACGCACAUCGGCUCCGUGGGAGCCAUGAUGCCCAACAUGACGGCGAAAUUCAUGAGCGAAGAGGAGAAAGAGCUGCCCGUAGGCCAAACGGGCGAGCUGUGGAUCAAGGGACCCAACAUCUUCCAAGGCUACCUCAACAACCCCGAAGGCACGAAGAAUGCUUUGACGAGCGAUGGCUUCUUCAAAACCGGCGAUGUGGGCUACUUGGACAAACACGGCAACUUCUUCAUCACCGAUCGCGUCAAGGAGUUGAUCAAAUACAAGGGCUUCCAAGUGCCUCCCGCACAACUUGAGGGCCUUCUAGCCUCGCACGAAAAGAUCGACGAUGUCGCCGUCCUCGGUGUGUACAGGGAUGACCUGGCGUCCGAAGUCCCGCUCGCCUACGUCGUGCCGACCAAAGGCGCCACCCCCGGUCCGCAGUUGGAGAAGGAGAUAGUCGACUGGCUUGCGUCGAAAGUGGCCAACUACAAGCGCUUGCGGGGCGGGGUGAAGUUUACGAACGAGAUUCCCAAGAGCGCAUCGGGCAAGAUUUUGCGGCGGUUGUUGAAGGCCAAGUACCAAGAAGAGGCGAAGAAGGGGCCGAAAGCGAAGUUGUGAGGGAAGCACUUGUGCAAUUAUUUUUUUCUGGCGCUUGCAGUUAGGAAAGCAAUGCAGCUUGCAUAUAGGCGUCAAUGGGCAAAUC